AUGACUGACUUACAUAUACAUCCUCAUUUCAAUUACGAAGAAGCCGCUCAUGCUGCCGCAGAGUAUAUAUCCAGUUUGGAUAAUCUCCCCGCUGAAAUUGCAUUUUUGACGGAAGAGAUCAAAGAGAAAGAUAUACGUAUAACUCAUGAUCAUUUCAAACGCACAAACGUAGUAGAGCUAUCUGACCCAACAGAACUACUCAACCGUAUAGGUUCUCGUCAUUCAGGUCUAACACGUCAACUCAAAAACCCGACUCCAAGCAGCGCUACCUUCCCUCUUCCAUUACCUCCCGGAGCUCCGAUACCUGUAGAUCAUCUAUCCACCAAAGACGCUCAAAACUUAGGAAAGAUCCAAACGGAAUGGGGAAAGAUAGAAGCUUUACAAGAAGAAAAAGUCGCUUUAGCAGAAAGGAUGGAAAGGAUCAUCAAUCGUGCUAGGGAAAGAGGUAGGAUGGAAUGGAUAAGAGUUGGAGGUAAAGAUUUGGACAGUUUGGAAGAUGAAGAUGAUAAAGUCGGUUUAGGAGAAUUAGGAAAUUCAGAAGUUUUGUUACCUCCGAGUGGUUUGGGUAGUGGCUCUGAUAUCAGACCUCAAAAGAAACGUAAAAUUCAUGCUCUUCCAUUACCUUUACCUUCUUCAUCAUACACAACACCAAUCAUCCAUCCACCAGCAAACUCCAUGCCACCACCUUCCAUCCCACAUCGUCCUUCCAUGUCCGCAAGAUCAACAACAAGACGUCAUGAAAGACAUACUUCAGCUUUAUCCGAUAUCGAUAUGGAAGAUGGGAAUGGAGGUGAAGGAGAUGGUGAAACUGAAACGGAUGAUAGGUUAUAUUGUUUUUGUCAACAAAAGAGUUAUGGUGAGAUGAUUGGAUGUGACAAUGAUAAAUGUAAAUAUGAGUGGUUCCAUAUCAAAUGCGUCAACGUCCACACACCGGUACCAGAUACGUGGUAUUGUCCAGACUGUGUUCAAAAGCUUGGUCUCAGUUCGAGCGAUGGGACGGUGGCAGGAGGACAGAAAGAGAAGAAGGGUCGGAGGAGGUAA